AAGCCGUUUGGGUUGGUGCGGCGUGGUUUUCUUUGCCGCGUUAACGGGGAAGACCGUUGGCACCCUCCCUUUCCGAGGCGGGCGGGGAGCGCUUCGCUCAUGGAGCCAGAGAAGGAAAGGACCGGGAGGACCCCCAAGAAGGGCAGGAAGAGGAGGCGGGUCCCGAAUAAGCUGGUCGGGGCGUCAGAGGUGAUGAGAGACCGUUGGGAUCUUGAGGAGAGGCAGCAGCCCGAGGCCAAGAAAGCCUGCUUAUCUACCAUUUUAUUUUCUGAUACCUGUGAAAUAACUCAUGGCCAGCUAUGUGAAUUGCUGAAGUAUGCAGUUCUGGGCAAAUCCAGUGUUCCUAAACCUAGCUGGUGCCAGCUUUUUCACCAAAACCACCUGAACAAUGUGGUGGUUUUUAUACUGCAGGGAAUGAGUCAGCUACACUUUUACAGGUUCUAUUUGGAGUUUGGGCUUCUCCGAAAGGCAUUCAGACACAAGUUCUGCUUGCCUCCCCCAUCAUCUGAUUUCCUAGCUGAUAUCAUUGGGCUGCAAAAGAAACAAAUAAUUGGGGAUCUGCCUAAAGGAAUGGAAGGGUCUUUACCUUCUUCCAGCUCAGAAGUCAGCAUCAACCUGCAGAAUGACCCCAUCGUUAAAAAGUAUGGCUCUAAGAAAGUAAGGUUGACCAGAUGCCUUCUCACAAAGGAGGAAAUGAAAACAUAUCACUUUCCGUUACAAGGUUUUCCUGACUGUGAAAACUUUGUGCCUACAAAAUGUUGUGGUUUUAUAACCAACAACAGUCCUCUCUUUGGGCUUGACUGUGAAAUGUGCUUGACAUCCAAGGGGCGAGAACUAACACGCAUCUCACUGGUUGCUGAAGGAGGCUGCUGUGUUAUGGAUGAACUUGUUAAACCUGACAACAAGAUUGUGGACUACCUCACCAGUUUCUCAGGAAUCACAAAGAAGAUUCUUAACCCAGUGACAACCAAACUCAAAGAUGUACAGAGACAGUUAAAAGCACUGCUUCCUCCCAACGCUGUGUUAGUGGGCCACUCCUUAGACUUAGAUCUCAGAGCACUGAAAAUGAUACAUCCAUAUGUUAUUGAUACAUCAUUGCUUUAUGUCAGAGAGCAGGGCAGAAGAUUUAAGCUCAAGUUCUUAGCCAAAGUUAUUUUGGGGAAGGAUAUACAGUGUCCAGAUAGGUUUGGUCAUGAUGCCACAGAAGAUGCUAGAACAACCCUUGAAUUGGCUCGGUAUUUCCUCAAAUAUGGCCCAAAGAAGAUUGCAGAACUGAAUCUGGAGGCACUGGCUAGUCACCCAGAACUAGAAGCAGCAGGCCUAGAGCUGAGAAAUACAGCGGAAGUAGUUCAGCAGCUAAACACAAGUGUUUUAGAAUGCUUGGACUCAGUGGGCCAGAAGCUGCUUUUCUUGACUCGGGAGGCAGAUGCUACUGAACUUUCUUCUUCCAAAAACUGUCAAACUAUUAAGUGCUUUUCAAAUAAAGAGGUUCUUGAGCAGGCUAGAGUGGAAGUCCCCCUGUUUACCUUCAGCAUCGUGCAGUUCUCUAUUGAACCCUUUCCACCCAACCUCAGUGAGGAGAUGAGCAAAAGAAUGAAGAUCAAGUGGAUGGAGAUGUCAACUGUCUAUGCUGGGCCAUUUAGCAAAAAUUGUAACCUUAGAGCUCUGAAGAGGCUGUUUAAGAGUUUUGGUCCAGUCCGGUCAUUGACUCUUACUCUUGAAUCCCAUCAGCCACAUUUCUGUAUACAAUACGAAGUCCUGGAAGGUGCCCAGCUGGCCAUAGAGUCUUUGGAUGGCAGCCUGGUAGAAGGUACCUGCAUCAAGGUGCAGAGGCCUGUGACAGAGCUCACCCUUGAUUGUGACAUCCUUGUGAAUGAGCUGGAACAAGAUUCUGAGAACCGAGGUACUAUAUACCUGUCUGGAGUGAGUGAAACCUUCAAGGAACACCUGUUGCAACAGUCCAGCCUCUUCCUGGGCCUGGAAGCUCUGAUCUUGCCUAAAGAUCUUCAAAAUGGAAAGCAGAAAAACUACUGUUUCUUGAGAUUCAGAACUUUUGGCAGUGCCCAGAGGGCCCUUGGCAUUCUCACAGGCAAGAACUGGAAGCUGAAAGGCAGGCAUGCCCUAACCCCCAGGCACCUCCAUUCAUGGCUCAGCGGCUUACCUCCUGAAUCAAGGCCCCCAGGGCUCCGUGUCAUACCUCCGCCCUCGGAGCAGGAGGCCGUGCAGAUGCUGAAGUUGGACCACCCAAAGAUAGCAGCCUGGCGCUGGGGCAGGAAGAUAGGAAAGCUCUACCACAGCCUGUGCUCAGGCACCCUCUGCCUCAUCCUGCUGCCAGGAACUGAGAGCACUCAUGGAUCGCUCUCUGGCCUAGGAUUGAUGGGAAUAAAAGAUGAAGAGGAAAGCAACACCCUAAACUAG